AUGUCGUCGCUACGGAAUGUCGUCAAACGGAAGGCGCACAAAGAGCGAGCCCAGCCGGUGGCGCGGCGGCGGCUGGGGCUGUUGGAGAAGCACAAGGACUACGUGCUGCGCGCCAAGGACUUCCACCGCAAGGAGGACGCCAUCCGGACAAUGAGGGAGAAGGCGGCGAUGAGGAACCCCGACGAGUUCUACUUCAAAAUGGAGCACUCCCGCCUCAACCGCGGCCGCCACGUGCGAGUGGAGAAGGAGGAGUGGACGGAGGAGGAGGUGCGGCUGAUGAACUCACAGGACAUGGGGUACAUUCGCACCAAGUGGCAAGCCGAGCAACAGAAAGUGGAGAGGCUAGAAGCAUCACUGCAUAGGGUGGAUGAGCCGCACAGGAAUAAGCACCUCGUCUUCGCACACAGUGACAACGACGCCACACCACCCUCCAAGCGCCAGCGCCGGUCCUUCUCACCGGAGCGUGAGGCCACUCCUCCGCCCGUCACGAAGCCCCUCAACUCACGCCUGAAUCGGCACCGGGAGGCGUUGUAUGGGGAGCUGAAGGAGCGCAAGCAGAGGGCGCGGCGGCUGCAGGCCAUGCUGGAGGAGAUGCGCCUCAAGCAGCAACGCCUGGCUGAUGGUCAACAAAAGAAGGUGAAGAAUGGUGCAACAGGAGAUGAUGACGAUGACAAGCCAAAGCGAAAAAUGCCCUCGAAAACAAUCAAGGAGCGCAAAAGAUGA